CCAGUGUCCACUUUCCUUUUUACAGCACAACGUCACAAAGGGCUGAGAGCUUUGCUUUCCCUGUCUGCCUUGAAGGUUUUACUCUUUAGACUGUGCCAACAUGUGUUCCUGGCCUAGAAAGCUAGAGUUCAGUCCUCAUUUGGGGCGCACAUCACAUUAGCGGAGUAAAGCUCACAUAUUCGAGGGAAUUCAGGGCUUGCUGCAAAAAUUAAGCUUCGCCACAAGGAAUAAGCAGGUUUUGCAUCUCUGCCCAAUAUCUUGGUUGCUUUGUUACGAUUGUAUUGAAAAUGAGAAGAGAAUCAAAGGAUGUCUCCCGGGUUCUCGUGCUUUUUUGCUGUUGGAGCUCUGCACUAGGCCUGCUCUCUCCCAAAGGUGUAAACUUUGAAGUGCAAGCUUUGAUGGCAAUAAAGGAUGCAUUAGAGGAUCCUCAUGGGGUUCUUGACAACUGGGAUGGCGACUCGGUUGAUCCGUGUAGCUGGACUAUGAUAACUUGUUCUGCGGAAAGUCUUGUUAUUGGCCUGGGAACUCCUAGUCAGAAUUUGUCAGGCACUCUUUCUCCAAGCAUUGGAAAUUUAACAAAUCUUCAGAUAAUACUUCUCCAGAACAACAAUAUUACGGGGUCAAUCCCAUCAGAAAUAGGAAAGCUUCCAAAUCUUCAAACUCUUGAUCUUUCUGAUAACCGCUUCACUGGACAAAUUCCUCCUUCCCUAGGGCAUCUGAAGAGUCUGCAAUACAUGAAGCUCAACAACAAUACCCUGUCGGGUGAAAUUCCGAAGUCAUUAGCCAACUUGACGCUACUUUCUCUUCUGGACUUAUCUUAUAACAAUUUGACUGGACCUGUACCAAUAUUCCCUUCGAAGACUCUCAAUGUUGUGGGCAAUCCUUCAAUAUGUACAUCUGAUUCGGAAUGUGAAAGGACAAUGCUGAUACCAAUGUCCAUGGCAUUAAACGCAUCACGGGAUGGGGUGCCCCUGAGGAUACAGAAGAGUCACAGAUUUGCCCUUGCCUUGAGUUCAAGUUUGGGGUGUCUCUGCUUGCUUGUUGUUGGAUUUGGGAUGCUAUUAUGGUUGAGACAAAGGCAGAAACAUCUCAGACAGCAGACGCUUUUUGAUGGUAGUGAUCGGACCAAUGAUGAAAUUUCUCUUGGGAAUUUGAGGAGAUUUCAGUUCAAGGAACUUCAGAUAGCAACCAACAACUUCAGCAGUAAAAACAUUCUGGGCAAAGGUGGUUUUGGAAAUGUUUACAAAGGAAUCCUCCACGAUGGAACUGCAGUAGCAGUCAAAAGGCUUAAAGAUGGCAAUGCUGUUGGAGGUGAGAGACAAUUCCAAACAGAAGUUGAGAUGAUCAGCUUGGCAGUGCAUCGUAACCUCCUAAGGUUGUAUGGGUUUUGUAUGACUUCCACAGAAAAACUUUUGGUGUACCCAUAUAUGGCCAAUGGAAGCGUUGCUUCUCGUCUCAAAGAAAAACCAGUCUUGGACUGGGGAACAAGGAAGCGGAUAGCCAUAGGAGCAGCAAGGGGACUGCUAUAUCUACAUGAGCAAUGUGAUCCAAAAAUAAUUCACAGGGAUGUGAAGGCUGCAAAUAUUUUGCUGGAUGAUUAUUGUGAGGCAGUUGUGGGAGAUUUUGGGUUAGCAAAGCUUUUGGAUCACCAGGAUUCACAUGUCACUACAGCUGUUCGAGGAACUGUGGGGCAUAUAGCCCCUGAGUAUCUCUCAACAGGCCAGUCUUCUGAGAAGACAGAUGUCUUUGGUUUUGGAAUCCUUCUUCUUGAAUUGAUCACAGGGCAAAGAGCUCUAGAAUUUAAUAAAGCAGCGAACCAGAAAGGGGCAAUGCUUGAUUGGGUGAAGAGAAUUCAUCAAGAGAAGAAGCUUGAUAUCCUUGUCGAUAAAGAUUUGAGAAACAACUAUGAUUGCAUUGAAGUAGAGGAAAUGGUUCAAGUGGCUCUCUUGUGUACGCAAUAUCUUCCAUGCCACAGGCCAAAAAUGUCUGAAGUAAUUCAGAUGCUUGAAGGAGAUGGACUUGCAGAGAGAUGGGAAGUAUCUCAGAGACUAGAAUCAAGCAAGUACAGAACACAAGAACUAUCCGCAUCAGAACGAUAUUCGGAUCUCACUGAUGACUCUUCAUUACUUGCUCAAGCUAUGGAGCUGUCUGGUCCAAGGUGAAUCGUGUAAUAUUCUUCUUAAAUACAACACAGAAACCAAAAAUUUGUAAAAUGGAAGUUCACAGAUACUCCAGUCUGCAUGACCCCUACAAAGGCCAGUUGAAUUUCACUGUUCUAUACUAGUAAAACAUCAUAGUCCAAAGGGCUGCGAUGCUGUUUGCUCAUUGUAGAGACCAGGAGGAAUCCCACUAUCAAGAUAGAUAGUAGUGUUUCAAACAAACUGUAUCUAAUCUUAGUUGGAAAUUCAGAUUGCAUACCUUUUCUCAUUUUCUUUUUCA